AUGAUGCCCAGGACAGGACUCCUUCCUACAACAGCCAACGCCCAGCCCAACAGGGGGCUUCUCCCCUCCUUAAACCCCUGUAGGGCUGCCCUUGGAGCCUAAGCCUCUACCCGCUUGUCAAGACUGCCAAGGAUGGGUCUCUACAGGCCUGGUCACUUCCUACUCCUUCCAGCCCACCGACCCCCCCCUCCCCAGAGGAGGGCUUCUGUACCCAUUUGCCCCCUUCCUCAUCUGCUUUGAGCCUGUGCUCUGAGGUCCUGACGCGUGCCGAAGUCAGCAUGCAUGUUUGCAUGGACGGGUGCAGGCAUGCCUGUGUGCUGCAUGCAUGCGGGAGGGCCCGGCCGCAUGUCCUGCAUCGUGGGCCGAUCCUGAGCAUGCUCCCUGAGACGGGUGCAGCCUGUCUUGGAAUGGCAGGGACGUAGUACCUUUUCACAUUCGUGUGUAUCCAUAUGUCUUUCUACACAUGUGCUGGUAUGUUGGUCUGUCUUGUCUCCCCUAUAGACAGGAAGCCCCAAGCCACACGCCAACGGGCGCUCUGGGAAGGUGACGUCGAGACUAGUCCAGCCUAAUUUGGGGAUCCUGGUCCUGCUCCAGGAGUCCUCCAGCCUGCAGCCCCCACCGAGGAGGGAGGAUUGUCCAGCGCAGGGUGGGGUCCGAGUCAGGGAUCGGGGGGCCUGGCUUAUAGCGUAGAGGACUUGGUGCUGCGCUGGGGGUCAGGAGGCCCUGCCCCGAUGCCCGUGUGACCUUGGGCAAGGCCUUCGAGCUCUGUCUCCACGUUCAAUCAUCUGGAGAACCCGGGGUUGGAUCUAUGAUUCCUGGCUGCCCCUGAAGCCCUGACGAUCGAGAUUUUAAGUCGGGGGGCAGGAGUGCGCUAACUUCGUUGGUGGAGGCAGCUGUGGCUAGCGCCUGGCCUACCCGGCCCUUGCUCGGUCCUGGGGUGUCCUGCUGAAGGGUAAGAGGAGGAGCCAUGCCAGGCAGCGGCCCUAACGAGAGGAUGACAUGGCCUGGUCCGGCCCUCCCCGCGGCACCCCCAACGCGCCCUCUCUCCUCAGCCCCGGGGACACCACCCAUCCCGCCCUUCACCCGGACCCGCAGCCUCAUGGCCAUGUCUCUGCCGGGCAGUAGACGGGCCUCUGCUGGAUCCCGCAGGCGCACCUCUCCCCCCGUGAGCGUGCGGGACGCCUACGGCACCUCCUCUCUCAGCAGCAGCAGCAACUCGGGCUCCUGCAAGGGCAGCGACAGCAGCCCCACGCCCAGGCGCUCCAUGAAGUACACGCUGUGCAGCGACAACCACGGCGUCAAGCCCCCCACCCCGGAGCAGUACCUGACCCCCCUGCAGCAGAAGGAGGUGUGCAUCCGGCACCUGAAGGCCCGGCUGAAGGACACCCAGGACCGGCUGCAGGACCGGGACACCGAGAUCGAUGACCUGAAGACGCAGCUGUCGCGCAUGCAGGAGGACUGGAUCGAGGAGGAGUGCCACCGCGUGGAGGCCCAGCUGGCCCUGAAGGAGGCUCGCAAGGAGAUCAAGCAGCUCAAGCAGGUCAUCGACACAGUCAAGAACAACCUGAUUGAUAAGGACAAGGGGCUGCAGAAGUACUUCGUGGACAUCAACAUCCAGAACAAGAAGCUGGAGACGCUGCUACACAGCAUGGAAGUGGCCCAGAACGGCACGGCCAAGGAGGAUGGUGCCGGGGAGUCGGCCGGCGGGUCCCCUGCCCGCUCCCUCACCCGCAGCUCCACCUACACCAAGCUGAGUGACCCCGCCGUCUGCGGCGACCGCCCCCCCAGCGACCACCCCGGGGCCUCUGCUGAGGACGGGGCUGACAGUGGCUUCGCGGGGCUGACCGAGGACACGCUGAGCCGGACGGACGCGCUGGAGGCCAGCAGCCUGCUGUCGUCGGGGGUGGACUGCGGCCCCGAGGAGGGCUCGCUGCACAGCAGCUUCGGCCUGGGUCCCCGCUUCCCCGCCAGCAACACCUACGAGAAGCUGCUGUGCGGCCUGGAGGCCGGGGUGCAGGCCAGCUGCAUGCAGGAGCGCGCCAUCCAGACGGACUUCGCGCAGUACCAGCCGGACCUGGACGCCAUCCUGGAGAAAGUGACCCAGGCCCAGGUCUGCGGGGCAGUCCCUGAAUUGGGGGUCGGGGGCCCAGAGCUGGAGCCCCACCCCCUGGGGCCCAAAGACCCCAACUCCGCCGUGGUGGUGACGGUGGGUGACGAGCUGGAGGCCCCAGAGCCCAUCACCCGAGGGCCGAGCACGCACCGGCCCGGUGCCAGCCCCAGCCCCAGCCCCGGCCCGUCGGUGAGCGUGGCGUGCCCGGUGGAAGAGGAGGAGGCGGCGGCCGCCGAGAAGGAGCCCAAGAGCUACUGGAGUCGCCACUACAUCGUGGAUCUGCUGGCCGUGGUGGUGCCGGCCGUGCCCACGGUGGCCUGGCUCUGCCGCUCGCAGCGGCGCCAGGGCCAGCCGGUUUACAACAUCAGCUCGCUGCUGCGGGGCUGCUGCACUGUGGCCCUGCACUCCAUCCGCAGGGUCAGCUGCCGCUCGCUGAGCCCGCACGGCCCGGGCGCCCCGGCCCGCAGCUCCCAGCUGUGAGCGCCGCCUGACCACGGAUGGUAGGGGUGCCGCUCUCCCUCCCGCUCGUGCCCCGGGGGCCUCAUCUUACUUCCGUUUGGGGUUUGGGAGUGGCUUUUUCGCGACGUGAACAGUGUCGGGGGGCUGGGAGGCGGGGUUGGGGGAAGGCACCCUCAAACUGUGACAGAGGACAAGGGAAGAGAGACCAAAGGCAGGGAGGCACGCCGAAGGGACGCACUGCAGAGAGGGGAGGUGGGGAGGUCCCCCCACCCGGCCCUGUCCACCUGGACCUCCGCCCGGGGCCGCCCGCCCACCCCCUCCUCCCUCCCCGAGGUCUCCGGUGUGUCGAUGUGGGGAGGCGGGGCCUGAGGUGCCCACGGGAGCCCCCCGCCCCCACCCCCGUGUCACCGCCCACGCCUCUCCAGCCGCCCCCUGCCCUCAGUCCAGCCUUCUGGGCCAGUAUUAGCUCCUCGCCCAGAGCACAGGCCACCGGCCCAGGACUCGGAGCGGGGUCUGCAACCCCCGGGCUCCGGCUGCAGUUCCAGCGUCUUCCGGCUGCUCCCCGCUCUGGGAUUCGGAAGCCUCGUCCGGCCAUAGGCACGGGCCGGAGGAAAGACGGGGCGAUGUUGGGCACGAGGCGGCAGAGCGCAGCGUGGCUCUCGUGUCUGUUCGUCCUGGACCUUCCCCAGGCUCUGCUUCCCUGUCGGCGCGUCUGGCUGUGUCAGAUCGUUCUUCCCGUGAGAGCUGAGCCGGACAGGCUGGGGCUGGGGCUGGAGCGUCUGCGGGCCCCAGAGGAGGAGGCAGGGGGCUGGCAGCCCAGGGGGCCUCCUCCAGCCCUUCUGAGACAAGGUCCUGCAGUCCGGGAGGCGGGGCUGGACUCGGCAAUCCUCAGCUGCUUUGAGAAGCCCGACGACUGCCCCUGGAGCUCACCCCAAGUUUCUCUGGGGGGCCUCGGGCCCAACUUCUGCUUUGCACUAUGUUCACUUUGGGGCUUGGCUCUCAUGCACCCCAGCAUCUCCACUGAGGGGCUGCUUGCAUUCUAGGGUGAGGGCUCCUAGACUUAGACCUGCCUGCCUCUGGAGGGACUCCCAGCAGGACGGAUGGCACGAUGGGAUGCUGAAGCCAUGAUGUUCGUCCCGGCCAAAGCAGGGUGCCCCGGGUUGUCUCUCAGGCAGGGACGGGGCAGGGCAGGUGGGAGCCCUGUGGCCUCCCUGCUCACAGCCUGAGGCCAUGUGGCCUGGGAGCUUCACUGUCCCGCCUCCUUCCCUGGGACCCCAUGUGGUCCCCCAGCAAAGCUGCUGACAUUUUACCAACACUAUUAUUUGACAGAGUAAACGCACUCCUUCUCCCUUGUGGGGCUUACACCCAUCUGGUGGCCCCUCCCACUCUUCAGAGGUUAGGCCCCACAUCUGGGGUGGGUUGGUGGGACCCCGGGUCUCACUCAUCCCUCUGGCCCCGGGGCCACUCUGGUUCUCUGCCCAGGUUGCUCGCCCACCCCCGCUGCUCCGACAGCCGCUGCCUGACUUAGGGGGCCCGCCUUUCCUCUCUGCGCCCUCCACUCAAGGCGGGGGGGCACCUGCAUGCACUGGGAGUGGGCAGCCAGCUCAGCCAUGGGGGCGACAGCCCCCUCUGCCACACGCUUUGUGCGUCCAAGGCUCCCCCCACCGGUUGGGGCCUUAGACAGACCAGCCAUCCUUAGUGGAGCUCCCCCACCCCAGCCAAACCAGACCCGAACUCCUGGGGCCUGGCUGGGGCUGCCCCACAGACGCUGGGGUCGGGACACGGGGGGGCAGUGGACAAACCCAAUCCAAAGCCAGCCGGGCCUGGCCGUGGACCCAGCCUCCUGUGCCAUGUACUCGCGAAGCUGCCUAGUGUCUCCUUAGAAGUAGCCCAAGCUUUGCCGAGAAAAUAAAUGUAUGACUCCAUUUGACAACAUGAAA